AUGGAUCCCCCGACGGCUUCAGCGGGCGGCUCGAGCUCGACGCCGUCCAAGGUCAACCACAAUCAACCCAACGGAUCGCGCCGUGCAGAUAAGGAUAAGCCAUGCCGUCUCUUCAGAGACAAAGGUCGGUGCCACUUUGGCAAGAGUUGCAAGUUCUCGCACGAUCGAUCUCAAGAUACAAGUUCGCCUGCAAAGGCACCGCCCGAAAUCGACCCCGCUGUGCGACGGAGCGAGGACAAGUUGAGAUCCUGGCUGAGACUGCUCAACGCCAACCAUGCCCCAAGAAGACGUCCAUCUGACAUCGAGCGCUUCUUUGAGCUGGCGCUUGAACUUAUGGACGGCGACCUCGGCGCUUCGCAAGAAACCAUCAGGAAACUUUCUACAGAUCUCGGACUCGAGUUCAUCAAAGACGUUGCGGAGCGAAGCAUCCCUGACGCUGUUGAUUUCCCAACCAAGAUCGAUCUUUGGCAGUCUCAAGUCAGACGGCUCUUCGAUCUUAUCACUCAUUCACGACUCGUUGACUCCAACGUACUAGAGCAAGAGGUGGCGAUGAUUCAUGGCUUCAUCCUGGGUGUCAACGCCACUCGUGCGGCCAAGUUGUUCGACUUCGUGGUGGACAUUGCUAAGGCCUUUCGAGAACGCGAUGAGGACGAGAAGUUGAUGGCUGUUCUCGAGCCGUCACUUGCGGUGCUUUUCAGACUUGUCGACUGCAACACCAUGAACAUUGUCAACGACACCUUUCAUCGUCUUGUCGACCAGUUCGAUGGCCUUAUCGCCAAGUCAUCCCAGCCCGUUGACAGCAUGUCCAAGCUGCAAGUCUCGAAGUAUCUCGACUAUCUACAUCGCCGCCUGGGCGUUGGUAAGGACAUGGCGGAGGCUAAGGACAAGAAGCCAGCUGUGGUCCGCGCUGAGGAGUUCGUCUUGAUGCAGGACCUACCCGGGCAGCUUUCUCGGGACGGGCCUCGCCACGACAAUGACCAUGCCGAAAUAUCCAAGAUCAAGAUCAUGCCGACGUAUCAAGAGAUCACGGCCACAAGGAACGAGUACCUUCCUACAACCGAUCCCUCCCAGUGGCAUCUACAAGGCAUUCGCGGCCGAGUUGACCGAGAGUUCCGGCUGCUGAGGGAAGACACCGUCGGUCAACUGCGAGAUGCUGUCGGCGAAAUGCUUGCGCGUCUUCGCAACCCUGGCAGGCAAGAACAUCGCAUGUCACAGAACAGCGCCCGCACCACUACUUAUGAUGAUGCAACAGUCCAUGGCCUGAGGCUGGACAAAGACAGGGGACUGGAAGUGACCAUCAGGUGCCGGCAGCCUGAUGUCGCCCGAAAAAUGAACAACAUGCAGAGGCAGCUCUGGUGGGAAGAAAGCAAGAAGCUCCAGCCUGGAGCAUUGGCUUGUGUGCUCGAUGUUGCUGGCAUGAUCCUGUUCUUGGUAGUCGCUGACUCGACGUUGAGAACCAGUAAAGACGCGCCCAAGAACGGCCGUACUGGUCCAGUCACGGCCGAAGCAGAUGCUCAGAGCACAGCAAAGCUCACACUCUCAUCGGACAAAGACCACCUCUAUGUGAAUGUGCAUCUCGUCGGAAGAUCCAAUGGAGAUGUCACCCGCGUGUUGGCGUGGUUUCGAGAGAUUGGAAAUGCUCCAAACAAACGUUUGGUGGAGUUCCCUGGUGUGCUGCUACCUUCAUUCCAAUACACCCUUGAGGCCCUUCAACAGCUGUCCCGCAAGCCGGACAUACCAUUCACGGAUCUCAUCGCUCCUGAAACUUCAAUUCCGGCAGAAAGCGUCACGGUUCCACCACCACUUUUUGCGCGAGCACCGGCCUUUACAUUCGAUCUGAAGUGCAUCACGGUGGACCACAAAGAGUUCUCCAUUGACAUCAACAAUUUGCCCCCAGUGGAAAAGGUGACAUCGAGAACAGGUCUUGAUGCAACACAAUCCGAGGCUCUACUCAACACUGUCUCGCGUGAAGUUUCACUAAUACAAGGCCCACCCGGCACAGGCAAAUCCUUCACUGGCGAGAAGGUCCUCAAAGUCAUCCUUUCGAACAAGCAAAAGGCAAAGUUGGGACCAGUGAUAUGCGUCUGCUACACCAACCAUGCCCUCGAUCAACUGCUUGAGCACCUACUUGACGACGGCAUCAAGGGAAUUAUUCGAAUGGGCUCGCGAUCCAAGUCCGAGCGACUAGAGAAACUCAACAUCAGAGUCGUUCAAGACGAAAUGCCCCUGACGAAGGCUGAGAAGCAACAGAAGUUCAGUUACGUCAAUCUCAUGAGGCUUCUGGAGAAUGAGGCAGCAGGAUUAUUAUGUGAUUUAUCGCGUUGUGGCUCACUAUUGUCUGUCCGGACGUUUCUGUCCUCUUCGUAUCCAGCUCAUUUCAAAGAGCUAUUUCCGGACCAGGAAGACGGGUGGACAAAAGUGGAGCCAAAAAAGCACGAUGUGAUUCGAAAAUGGCUGCUUGGAGGAAGUGAUGUGAGAGUCAAUGGGCGAAUCCCUUCGCGCCCUAUCGGAGAUCUCAAGCGUACGUCGCUGGCAGGCAUGGGCCAACAGGAACGAACAAGACUUCACAGAGCCUGGGUGCAGGAGAUAAGAGAUCCCAUCAUCACCCAACUCGUCGAGACCCUCAGAGAACACGACGAGGCCAGAGAGACCCGUAAUCGAGUCCGGCAAGAAGUGCGACUCAGAUGUCUACAACAAGCUAACAUUGUUGGCGUCACGACCACAGGGCUUGCACGAGAGCUCCACCUUCUGCGGAAGCUCCGCACCAAGGUCAUGCUGUGCGAAGAAGCUGGUGAAGUCCUCGAGGCUCACAUUCUGACGGCCAUGUUGCCUUCCGUGGAGCAGGCAAUACUUAUCGGCGAUCAUGAGCAGCUGCGGCCCCAGAUUCAGAAUUACCAGCUGCAGAGCACGAACCCGAACGGACGCCAAUACUCACUGGAUAUGUCCCUGUUCGAGCGCCUCGUCCAGCCGCCACUCCCAACCGAUCUCAGGCUCCCCGUCAGCCUCUUAGAUACCCAGAGACGCAUGCAUCCGUCUAUUGCGGAAAUGAUUCGAUCCACAAUCUACAAGACUCUCAAAGACGCCGGAAAUGUGUCCCAGUAUCCCGAGGUUGAGGGGAUGCGACGUCGGCUGUUUUGGCUCCAUCACGAGGUACUCGAAGCGGGGGCCAAAGAGCAAGAUCCUCACAACACGUCCCACUCGAACGAUCACGAGGUCGAAAUGACUGCAUGCCUGGUAUCUCAUAUGGUGAGGCAGGGCAAGUACAGCCCGGAAGACAUCGCAGUCUUAACACCAUACCUCGGCCAGCUCCAAAAGCUUCGCUGGCGACUAGCAAGAGAACCCACGUUUGCCGUCAGCCUCGAUGAUCGCGAUCUUAACCAGCUGGAAGAUCUGGAGCUGGCAAAGCCCGAGAGGCCAUCACAGCCACCCCACCAGACAGUGUCCAAGACAACUCUUGCAAAGAGCAUUAGACUCGCGACAGUUGACAAUUUCCAAGGAGAGGAGGCCAAGGUAGUCAUCAUAUCCCUCGUACGCAGCAACCCGCAGAAUCGAUGCGGCUUCCUCAGCACGUCGAACCGGAUCAAUGUUCUCCUUUCCCGGGCCAAGCAUGGCUGCUACAUCAUUGGCAACUCCAAUACGUACCGCAACGUACCAAUGUGGAACCAGAUCAUCCAACUGCUCCAGGCAAACAACAACAUUGGGGACCAGCUUGAGCUUCAGUGCCCUCGCCAUCUCGACACACCCAUCCUUGUGUCCCAGCCUGAUGACUUCGCCAUGCUUUCUCCCGAGGCCGGCUGCACCUUGCCUUGCGACCGUCGGCUAGAGUGCGGCCAUGCCUGCUAUGGCCGGUGUCAUUCUGAUCUCGUUCACAAGGCCGUCAAAUGCAUCGCAGAGUGCCCUCGGACCAAGAAGGGUUGUAAUCAUGCCUGCCCACUGCAGUGUGUGUGCCUCGCGCUGCCCUCAUGGCGAGUGCAGCAUGCCAUGCGCCGCACCCUGCGACUGGGUCCCCUGCUCGAAGCGCUGCACGCUGGCGUUGAGCUGUGGCCACCAGUGUCCGAUGUCCUUUCCACUGUCGUCGACUUGCUCGAGAUGAAGGAGUACCGGGAGAUCGCCCUCGACGAAACCCCUUGUAUCUUCCCUGACUGCGGCCAUUUCCUCACCCUGGAAUCUAUGGAUGGGCAGAUGAGCAUGCGCGAGCAUUAUGAGCUGGACGAGAACGACAUCCCGGUGGGAAUUCUGGCUGCCACGAAGCCGUUCUCCAUGGACGAGGUCAAAGUCUGCUCGACGUGUCGCGGCUCUCUUCGGAGUAUCUCACGAUACGGCAGGAUCGUCCGUCGGGCGAUGCUUGACGAGGCCACCAAGAAGUUCAUCUCGUGGUCAGCGUCCCGCCAUUUUGAGCUGGUGGAGGUUCUCAUGAAGCAAGAGCAGAAGCUGGAGGAAACCCUUGACCAGGUGAAAGAUGUCGGUCGAGCUGGCCAGCUCGCGCUGACUGGUGAUAUAGUCGACCAAAUCAUCAAUUUGCGAAACUGGGUCGGCCAGAAGCGAUACAGUGGGCUGAUGCAGACGUACCUCAGCAUCAGCAAAUUUGUUGCUCAGGUCAGCGUGGAGGAGCAGCCCUUCCACAGGGUUUUCGAGUUUGUGAGCCAUGCGAGAAGGCACAAGACCACCGGUGGCGCGUUGCUUUAUGACCCGGACAUCAUUCAGCUCCGGGGAUACCUGCUUGCACUUUCACUGCAGCUCAAGUGCAGCAUCGCCAUUCUUUCUGACUUUUCGAGCCUCUGCAAGGCUGCUAAGUCACGCCAAACAAAGGUUAUUGUCGAUUUCGCCGCCAACUUCGGCCUCUGCGACAAACUCAUCCAAGGCGCUGUCGAGACGAGUCGCCCUCAGCUUGAGGCUGAGGGCCACAUCUACUCUACCCAGUUCUGUGUUUUCGCUCUAUCUCUAAGCGCUGCUGAUGAAGCCUCGGUCCCCGAUCAUGCCGCCGAAGGAGAGAAAGCGGCCGCGGGUGACACCAAGCAACCCAAGGAAACCCACUACGAGUAUCACAAGAACAAGGGCCUCGAUCACCUCUCCCGGGCCCGCGGACUUCUUGGCUCCGCCAACGCAGAGACCAGAAAGGUGAUGGAGGCUGAGAUCGCAGCUGCCGAGACCGUCCUCAACGGGGGCGUCUUCUACCGCCCCAUUACCACCGACGAGAUGCGUGCCGUGUACAACGCGAUGGCGGCUGAGUUCAGCGGCACAGGCCACUGGUACACGUGUGAGCGUGGUCACCCUUUUACCGUGGGCGAGUGCGGUAUGCCCAUGCAGCAGGCGCGUUGUCCGGAGUGUGGGUCGCCUGUUGGUGGGCAGAAUCAUGCCCCUGCUGAGGGUGUCAGAAGGGCCGAUGGAAUUGAGGAAAUCGCUAGGGGAAUGGGCGGUCUUGGUAUUUGA